AUGUCAUUAUUUCGAAGAUUUUUCUCAUGUACCUCUACUGACAAUUAUCCGUUCUCAUAUACAACUAAUCUUGUACAAGAGAAUACUAAAAAAUUUCCUAGUAAUAGUAAUAAUAUUUGUAUUAUAUGUCAUGAAUCCGUUAUAACCUGUUUAAAUAAUCAAUCUAUUAAAAAGCAGAAAUAUUUGUCAUCAAUUACAAAAAAUAAGCAAUUAUCGCCGUUAACAACAGAAGAAAAUCAAAAUAUUCAAACAAAACAACCAGGAACUAUGUCAGUUUGUAUUUCAUGUACAGAUAUACUUGAUAAUAACAAGAAUCCACAACUAAGUGAUAAUAAGAUGUUAGAUGUAACAACUUCAUCUUAUCAAUACAAUUUAACACAUCCAUAUACUACUAAUAUUAUUACUACUAAUCCAACAACAACAUUACCAAUAUCAACAGUAAAAACAUGUAUUUCGAUGAAUGAUACUACUGAAAAAUCAAUUAGUUUACAGUGUUCUAAAUUUAUUACACGUUGGAUAACACAUUGUCCAUUUCAAUGGAAUAUAAAAUCAUCAAAUCAACAAAAAACUAUAAUAAAUAAUAAUAAUAAUAAUUGGCAAACAACAACAGCAGCAACAACAACUAUCAUUUCUAAUAAUCCAAUUGAUCCUAUAUAUACACAAUCUACAUAUCAACAAGAUCUAUUAAAUUCAACCAACAAAACAAUUCAAACUAAUAAUAAUGAUGAAAAUAUUCAUGAAUUUAUUGAAGAAUGUGUUAUACCUAUACCUGUAUUUAAUUUAUUUCUAUAUUUAGCACAAGAAGGUGUUUAUGCAAAAGAUUUAUUUCGACGACCUGGUAAUAUUGCUCAAAUUAAACAUAUAUUACAACGUUUUGCAUCGGAUCAAAUGAUUGAUUGGAAAGAUUAUAAUAUUCAUACUGUAGCAACAGUUGCUAAACGUGUAUUAUUUAAUAUACCAAAUGGUUUAAUUGGUUUAAAAGGUGAAAAACAACUAUUACGUACUGCUUUAUUAACACAACAACCAUUAAAUGAUAAUAAUCAAUUAAAAACAAUAUGUAAAACAUCUAUAAUACAUCAUCAUGAUACAUCUAAUUUAGAAAUUGAUAAUAACACAGAGAAUUUACUCUUAGAAUUAGCUGAAUCAACAAAUACUUCACCAUUAAUAUCUGUAUUAGAUGAAACAAAUUUAAAUGAUAAUAACAAGAAUGUAUAUUAUACAAAUAAAGAAUAUACAGAACAAUUCAAUGAUGUAAUAAGACGUGCUAUCGUUAUUACAAAUAUUGAUACAACUCAACAAUCUAAUACGGUGAAUUUAUUAUUUUCAUAUGGUUCAAUAAAACAAAUCUAUCAAUUAACUCCAGUGGAUAUAGAACGUGUACAAGUUUUUCAAAAUAUACUUAAAGAUUUAACUAUAGCACAUCGUCAACUAACUAUAAUGAUAUUUGGUAUAUUACAUCAACUUGUAUUCAAUAUGGCAUUUAAUACAGCUAAUCAAAAUCAUGGAUUAGAAAAUGAUAAUGAUGAAUUACCUAAUAUUCCAUUACUUAAAUUAGCUGAAGGAGUUGUAAAAUCAGUUGCUGGUUCAAUGUUUCAUUCAUGUGCAUCAUCAAUAUUGUUAAUAAAUCAAACAACACAAGUACUUCAAUCACUUGUCAUUUGUUUCCCUGUUGUGGAUAAACAAUUUACACAAUUCUAUUGGGAUAUAUUAGAUAAUCGUUAUAAAUUAAAAAAAUCAAAAUCAAAUCAUUUUCCUGGUGUAAAAAUGAACAUUACAAAAUCGGGUAAUACUACACGUUCAGAAUCUUGUUCAUUUAUGAUUUAUCCUAAAUCAGCUUAUUCAACUCGUUUAAUAAAUGCUGCUGGACGUCUUUUCUGUUUAAAGAAUUCUAGUCCCACUAAUAUUACCGUUAAUAAUAAUAAUGUCAAUGAUGUACAAACAUCACCGCCAACAUCAAUUACAUCAUCAGUUAAACAUUUUUGUUUCCCACUAAAAGAUUCAACACGUCAAUUACAAAAAUCAAAACAAUAUUUAUCAAUACAUCGUGAAGCAUCCAUAGAGUCAUCAUUCUAUCAAAAUACCAAUGAAACUAAUAAUCAAAAUAAACAGACAGAAACAAUCAUUGAUCAACCUGUUGAUGUAUCACUUGUAUCGUUCACGGAUUCAUCAGAAUGUAACAAAAGAACUAAAUGUAAAGAUGUAAAAUUUUCAUCAUAUUCUAAAGUCAAUGUACAUAAUGAAUUAGAUAAUCAUAUAACAAACGAAAUGAAUACAAAUUUCUAUUCUAAUCCUAUCAAUCUUCGACGUAAUCAAUCACGUUAUCGUUCAUUACGUCGUAGACAAAUGGAAAAUUUAACAAAACGUGCUGAAUGGUUUUUACAACCAACUAUAUUACCUAAAUUAACAUUUACAUUAAAUCAAUUCAAUGAUAAUAAUGAUACAAAUACAAGUAUGUCUACAAUAUCAUUAUUAAAUAUACAAGAUAAAAUGAAUAAUACAAUGACAAAUCAUAAUUCUAAUAUGAUACAAGUUGUUCAUCCAAGAAUAUUAUUCACAUCAUCUACAAGUGAUUUAUUGAUUCCAUCAAAUUAUGACCACCUAGAUACAACAUAUUGUCGUCAACCCUAUGAUGAAACAUUAUUAGAUCAUAAAAAAAUCAAUCCAACUCAUUUAUAUCCAUCCUACAAUUAUGGUCAUAGUUUUAAUAGUUUAUUAAAUCAUUCAUUAUUAUCAACAACGUCAUCAUCAUCAUCUAAUUAUUAUGUUAUAUCACAAUCAAAUCAAUUAUAUUCAUCUCAACUAAAUCAACAAAAUCAUACAAUCAAUUCAUUACUUAUACCGGGUUUAUCAUCAGAAGAGAAUAAUACUUCGACUCAUUCAUUUCUAUAUUAUAAUAUACCUAAAUAUUCAUUAUCAUAUCAUCAUGAUUAUGAUCAUAUCAAUAAACAUGAUCGUUUACAAUCAACAAGUUAUGAUAAUUUUCAUAUUCUAUCCUAUUCAUCUAAUCAUAAUAUACAUGAAAAUAAUAAUAUCAAUCUAAUAGAUAAUUGUAAUAUAACACCUACUAAUAUAUCUUCUAUAUCGAAUACAAAUUAUACUAAUUCAACAAAUCUUUCAUUCAAUGUUAAAAAUGAAUUAUGUCAUAAUAAUAAUAAUAAAUUAACAUCAUCUAUCUCAGGUUUAGAUAUUAUUAAAAAAUCAAAUAUGGUUUAUUCUGAUUGGUCCAUUGAUCGACCAAUCAAAAAUGAACUUUUAAAUCGUUAUCGUCCACGUAGUCAUAGUAUUAGUAAUAAUAGUAGUAGUAGUCGUCGUCAUAGUAAUAAUGUAACUAAAUUAAAAUAAUCUAAACUAAUACCAUUAUAAAAUGAAUUUAAUAAUAAAUAGAUAAAUACAAAAUAUAAAUUAUAAACUAGUUAAUUGUUUUUUUCUCUUUAUUCAUUCAUUUUAUUGUUUAGUUACUUUUUGUAUACAAAUAGAUUUAAUAUUAUUGUCCUAGUCAAUAAUAUUUUAAUGAUUUAACAAUCAAAAAACUGUCUCUCUAUCUCGUUCUUUGAACUUUGUUGAUUUCGUUUAAAAUCUAAUCUAUUACUGAAAUGUAAUAUACUUUAUGAUCAUUUAAUACUCAUUUGUAUAUAUAUAUAUAUAAUAGUGACAAUUGAUAUAUAUAUAUAUAUAUAUAUACAUAUAUAUAUAUAUAUAUAUAUAUAUAUUGCAGGGAGAUGCAAAAUACUCAUUACAUAUAUACUUAGUGCUAAUAUCACAAAUGUAUGAUUUUAAUUUUGUAAUGAGUUCAUUGAAUUGAACAUUUAAUACAAAACAAACAAACAUGACUGGCAUUUAUUUUGAUUGAAUGUUUAUUUAUUUAUUUAUUUGUAAUUGUAAAUGUAUUUUAAGAUUUUUCAUGGAUAUAAUACUGAAAAAAAACAAAAAAAUGACGGUCAUCGAAAAUCUUGCAUUUUUAUAAUAGAAGAAAAACUCUCACACACACACGCACAUACGCACACACACAUUGAUAAAUAGUAUACAAAUGCAUUUUUCGAUUUUUCUAAAUGAUCUCAAUAUGACACAUUAAAAAAUGAAUAAAUCAAACAACACGUUUAUACUUUCCAUGAAGAUAAGUCUCAUCGUGAUCUUCGUUUCUUUCAUUCUUUUUUUAUUAUUAUUUUAUUUUAAUGUUUUCUUUACCCUAAUAAUCAUGAAUAAAUCAAAGGUGUGUAGAUGUGUGCGUGUAGUAGUAGUAGUAGAAGUUGAUGUGAAUAUACAUGUAUAAUUGUAAUUGUUUCGUCAACAUUUCUUGCUUAUAUCCUGUUUUCAAAAUUUCAAUGAAGCCAAAAGAAGAAGAAGAAAAAAAAAGAAAAAAACAACUAUUACGUCAUUAUAUUUUCAAAUUGUUUACUGUUUAAUUUUUGUUUUCAUGAAUUUUUUUGUGUGUUUUAUUCAUUAAAAUGUUUUUUUCUUUAUUUUUUUUUUGUGUGUGGAAAUUUUUUUCAAUUCUCAAUGAUUACUUUUAUGCUACAUUUUUUGUGGUUAAUCUGUAAUAAAACAAAAAAGAACAUACUGUGUGUAUGCAGAAAAAAAAGAAAAAGAGAAAAAAGAACAUUUAGCUUACUUUUUUCUUUUUUUUGUUCUGUUUUCUUUUUUUUCUAAAAUAAAUAAAGAAAGAAAUAAAGUUCAUUUAAUUGAUUGUUAAAUUUUAUUAUUCAUCAUUUUCCUUAAUUGUUUAUAUAAUUAUUAAAGUAAACAAGUUUGUUUUGCUUCUUUAAAUCAUUUGUAUUUGUCAACUAACAACUUUUAUUGAAAAAAUAUAAACAAGAAAGAAAGAG